AUGCCGGCCAACAACAAGCAUGUCGUGUUCGACAUUGUAGGAACUAUCGUUACCUACGAUUCUAUCCUCGACGCUCUGGAGAGUAGGCUAGGCGAUCGCCUGCGUGCUCAGGGCGUCAAGCCCGCAAUGCUUGGCUACAUGUGGUUUGAAAUUUCCGAGCGAGAGUAUACGUACCUCAGCAUUACUGGGCGGUAUCACCGUUUCUUCGAUGUCUUCUGCAGCCUAUUUUACCGUAUGCUGUGGAUCGGCGGCAUCCAGGAGCCCAGGUCCUUCGCCUCGGAUGAGGACCUCGCUUAUAUUGUCAGCCAUUUCAAGGAUCUGCCUCUACGUCCCGGCGCUGCCGAGUGCUUACAACUGCUACGAAACGCUGGAUUCACCGUCUGGGGGUUCACUGCUGGCGAUACGGAGCAGGUACGAGGAUAUUUCCUUAACAACGGCAUCGACAUGCCACUUGAGAAUUUUGUCUCUUGCGAUGAUCAGGGUAUUGGCAAGCCGGCCCUCGAUUCCUACAAGCCGUUGAUGAAGCGCUUUGGUAACGAGGAGAAAUGGUUCGCAGCAGCUCACAUGUGGGAUGUGUCAUCUGCGAGGAAAGCUGGAUACAAGGGCGCAUACUGCACCAUUCUGGAGAAGGAAUCUUGUGCCGACAUAUUCGGCAACAUGGACGUCAUGGCCGACACCCUCCCGGAUAUGGCUCGCAAAAUUAUCCAAGCGUCCGAGGCCCAGGUAUGA